AUAAUUUAUGGCACCGAGUCGUAAUAGCUUUUGCAAAAAUAUCCUACCAGCUUUUGGGUGUUACCGAAAACGAAAAGUCGUCAGAAUGCUUCAGUUUUUUUCUUUUUUUGCAUCUCAUUUUUUGUUAUGGUUCAUCAGCUGAUUAUGCCCUUGAGCGGUCGUUGCGCUGACAUAGCUUAGUGACACUUCUAUGGCUGCAUCUUGCAUUUUGAUGUUGUCAGGUUUAGGCCUGAGGCAGAUGGUUCUAUUUUUAAUCGAUGAUGCUUUAAUUUCUGUUGCCAAGUGCGUAGAUAAGUGCAAGCGAUCCCCUAAAUGUAGUGACGAUUACGUUUUCUAUUUUCAAUUUAUUAAAGAAAAUGAGCAACGUUGACACCGGGACGGGAGACACGCGUUGCACCUCUGUCCGGUACGAGUAGAAUGGUGGGUGCUGGAAAGCCCAAGCGCAGGUCAGGCGGCAAGAAGCAGAAGAAGGUUGCCAAGAUGCCGACCAAGAAUCCGAAAGGGACACCUUUGACUUCCUUUGACGGGGUAGACCUGACGCUGGGGAAGGAUGGUUGCAUUGGUACGGUUCGGGUUUUCAGACAUAGGGACAUGAAGGUUGGAGCAGGAGAGAGAACUAAGGAUAUAGCUGGAAAUUGCUUAGGAUCUUAUGCUGGUUUUGGUAAGGAUGAUGAGGGCAGUAACCAAGGGGAUUUGAGUGAUCAUGUUGAUUUUGGGGAAAGUGGGAAUUGGCUUUUAUCUACGCCUAGAGGUAGCAUGGGGGGAAAUUUAGGAACUGUACCCAAACCUGUUGGUUCUCUGCUUGAUAAUGUGGGUGAUGCGACUAGACCUCAUGGCAAUUCUCGUUUGGUUUCUGAACAUAAUUCUGUUGUGCCGAGAAAUUUGGGGACUAAAACUGGUAAUUUUUUGCAUUUCAAGGAAGGGGCUACUUCUAGGGCUUCUGGCUCCAUGCGGGAAAAUUUGAAUGAAGUGAUCAACUCUGCUGGCUCUGUGAAAAGAAGUUUAAGUGCAGUGCCAAAACCUGGUGAAUUUGUGCAGAGCAAUUUAGCUGCUCUAUCAAGUUCUGAUGGCUUUGUACACUGUAAUUUAGAUGCUUUGCCCAGGCCUACUUGCCGUGUGCAGGGCAAAUUAAAGAAUGGUUUACCAGCAAUGUCUACACCCUGUAGUGUGGGUGACAGGCAGGUUGAUGUAGGUUCUAAUAGAAAAACUGUUGAUAAUCAGAAAAACCUGAGCACUCUGCAAAACAAUCUGGGUAUUGUGUUCAGAAAUUGUGAUCCUGCCCAGGCCAACUCAGUAGGUGGAUUUCCUAAGCGGUCAGGCAGCGAACGAGAUGAACUCCGCAAGUUAGCACACUGUGGUAACUUUAGUCUCUCGCGAAAAAAGUCUAUGGAGUCAGAUACGAACAAGGGAAGUGGGAGAAAGAACAAAGAAACGAUAACAUCAUCAGCUGAAGAUGAUGACGAUGACGACAUUAGUUUAAGUGGGUUGGCUUCAAUCUUGAAGGACUAUCGACCAGAAGACCAUGACGAUGAUGUUGAUGACGAAGGUUUUAUUAUGGUUAGGCGACGGGGCAGAAGGGCAAAGAGGGAUGUCACCUUGACCUUAGACGAGGGUAGUGGAAGAGGUGCUACGAGCGAAGGGGGUAAUAACAAUAAUAAUGAUAGGACAUUUGCUAGUGACAAGGGCAAAGGUAGUAUUGUAUACUGUAGGAAAGUUAUUAGCUGCGAGGAAGACGACACUUUCCCUGACGAUGACAUCAGCUUGAAAAGUUUAGCUUCGAUACUGAAAGAUUAUCGUCCAGAGGAUCACGACAACAUUGCUGAUAAUGAAGAGGAGUCGGAUGCACGUGGUGGUGGGGGCUUCUCUUGGGUCGACCUCGAUGACGAGGAUGAGCUGCGUGCUCUCUCUCGAAGAUCAUCUCUGACCCCUGAACAAAAAGCCUCCCUUCGAAAAGCUGCUGAAGAAGAGGACGUCUCUGCUGAGAAAGAUGGGAGUAUGCUACAGAGCGUAUGACCGUCACUCUGUUCACCAAGACCAUGAGAGACGAUGUCGGCUCACUUCCCACAAAUUCCCAAUACGCGGAACUUUGUCUACUUCUUAUUGGUCAGCAAGUGAAUUGUUGUAAAUGCAAAAUA